CAUAGUUUUGUUUACUGGGUUUCAUUUCCGGGACAUCAGUGAAGCGUGAUACACGAAACAAUCGCCUGAACUUGAUUACAGGAACAAAUGUAAUCUUAUAUAAAUCCAUUCCCACGAACAGCACCAGCCCUGCUCCCAAUUGGCUGGAGUCCUUUCCAGAAACACUCCCUCUCUUCGUGGCAUUUUUCCGGUCUUCUACACCUUUGCUUGCAGAGCCAAACUAUCGCACACUCCUAUGAACCGUUGAAGAUGACUGAGCCAGAGCUACUGACAGAGGUCCCGGCUGCAUUGAAACGCCUCGCUAAACAAGUAGUCCGGGGCUUCUACGGGGUGGAGCAUGCCCUGGCCUUGGAUGUGCUCAUCCGCAACCCCUGCGUCCGCGAGGAGGACAUGCUGGAGCUGCUGAAGUUCGACCGCAAGCAGCUGCGCUCGGUGCUCAACACGCUGAAGGGGGACAAGUUCGUCAAGUGCCGCAUGAGGGUGGAGACGGCGGCCGACGGGAAAACCACGCGCCACAACUACUACUUCAUCAACUAUCGUCUGCUGGUGAACGUAGUGAAGUACAAGCUGGACCACAUGCGGCGGCGCAUAGAGACGGACGAGCGAGACUCCACCAACCGGGCGUCCUUCCUCUGUCCCUGCUGCUACAGCACCUUCACUGACCUGGAGGCCAACCAGCUGUUUGACCCCAUGUCAGGUACGUUCCGCUGCACAUUCUGCCAGACGGAGGUGGAGGAGGACCAGUCAGCGGUCCCUAAGAAGGACGCACGGACGCUGGUGGCUCGCUUCAACGAGCAGAUCGAGCCCAUCUACGUCCUGCUGCGGCAGACAGAGGACGUCAACUUGUCACAUGACCUGCUGGAACCCGAGCCCUCAGAGAUCCCCGCGCUGAAGCAGAGCCGUGACCGUGCGGCGGCAGGCGCGGCGGGCGGGCCUCACCGCGAGGCGUGGUCCAACCGGGGCUCGUCCUACGCUGACAUGUAUACCCAGAACGUGGAGAUCAGCAUGGAGGAGCAGCAGGAGGAGGAGCAGAGGAGGAGGGCCAGCGAGGCCAAGGCUACCCGGGACAGGCCCGUGUGGCUCACCCAGAGCACCGUGCAGGGGGGUACCUACACCGAGCCUGACGCUGCCAAGAACGACGCAGACGACAGGACCGGAGCCCAGGAGGGCGUGGCCGGCGCGGCCGCCCAAUCAGACGAGAACGAGGAGGUCAUGCGGGCGCUCCUCAUCCACGAGAAGAGGAGUGGGGCGGGGCCAGCCGGGGGCGGGGCCAAGGCGGCGGCCAAGGCUCUCGCCUCCGCCGGCAAUGCCAGCGACUCGGACAGCGACACCAGCGAAUCGGACGAGGACUCGCCCAUGGCCCCGCCUCCCGCGGCGGCGGCCGGCUCCUCCCAGCAGCGGCGUGCGGAGGUGGAGGAUGAUGAUGAGGAGGAGUUUGAGGAGGUGGGGGAGGACCACAUGGUGAUGGUAGCUGGGAAGGCGUACUCCUACAGGGAGGUGAGCCAGAGACCUGAGCUGGUGGAGCAGAUGAGCACUCAGGAGAAGGAGGCCUACAUCGAGAUAGGACAGAACCUCUUCCAGGACAUGUACUUCUGAACACACACACACAUUCAGUUUAUGUUUGAUAAUUGUCACUUGUCCCACAAUUCACCUAGGAUCUUCAAGAGGAUAACAGGAAGUCAGCCUGCCUGUAGUCCAUCAUCCCACUAGAACUACAAAAGGGACAUGCCACAUCUAAAUGCCAGAGUGUUUAGAAGACAGUUAGUACCUCCAUAUCGCCACUGUAUUCCCUCACAGGUGUCUGAAGGAUGCUCUCUGUUUGUUCCAGAGACUUCUGUGUGCUGGCUGUAUUUCCACUAGUGCCAGUCAGUGUCUUGUCAGUUAUAUAGUAUUAUAUUCUCUCUCACACUGUCCACGCUGCCAUGGGCCGGCUGUUUCAUCUGUCCACACACUGAGGCCUCUCUGUUCUCAGGUCACGUUCUUCUGUGCAUUAUUCAUUAUAUGUACCAUCCCACACACACACAGUUACACACCUACACACACACAGUUACACCCCCCCACACACACACAGUUACACACCUACACACACACAGCCGACAGGUUCUUUUCUUACUGGGCUGUCCCAGCAGCAGGAAGCAAAGAACCACGUUUGAUGUUACCACGACAACCCCCAGGACGCUGUGACCUGCGACGAGGCGGGUGACUCCCCCUAAAGAGGGUGGACUGACAUUUACAGAGAUCCCAGGAGCAACCCCCUCUCUCUCCCUCCCUCUCUCUCUUCCUCUCUCUCCCUCCGCUUUCUAUCUCCUCUCUCUCCCUCCCCUC